AGAAAGUAGGAACCCACUGCUCUUUAAAAUGAGUCAGCUAAUAUGUAUUAUUAUAAGGGGACGGGUAUAGAGUCAGCCAUUGCAUAGCGCACACGGCUAUCUAGCUAACGGUCAAAAUGGCGGCAAUCUGGUUGCUCCAGGUCCUCUUCACCUCAGCACUGGGCGCUAGCUGUCUCCACAGAGGACAAAGAGCGGCUGAUGACGGGUUCCUCAUGGUCAACACCAGCUACGGCACUCUCAGGGGAAAGGUGGAUUCUACACCUUCAGUUCCUGUGGCCAAGUUCUUGGGCAUUCCUUAUGCUAAACCUCCAACAGGACCGCUACGCUUCAAAGCUCCUGUAAGUCCGGACAGCUGGGAUGGAGUCAGAGACGCUCUUACGUUUGGGGACGAGUGCUUACAAAAACUGUCACCUAAUUUCCCGUUCCGUGCUGGAGACAUGCCUCCUAAAAGAAGUGAGGACUGUCUGUCCCUAAACGUGUACUCGCCCACACAGAGAAAUGUCCAGGACUUGCUGCCUGUGAUGGUGUGGAUCCAUGGCGGAGGGUACUACUACGGGGCAGGGUCUUGGUACGAUGUUACCGAUUUGGCAACUAAAGGAGUAGUUCUGGUGACCAUAAACUAUAGACUGAAUAUUUUUGGGUUCUUGUCAACUGAAGACGACACAAUGCCAGGGAACUAUGGGAUGUUGGAUCAAAUUGCUGCACUUAAGUGGAUAAAGGACAACAUUGCUUCUUUUGGAGGUGACCCCAACUUGGUGACUAUUAUUGGACAAAGUGCUGGGUCAGCUAGUGCCUCUCUCCUCACUCUGUCACCGCUAGCCAAAGGUCUUUUCAAGAGAGCGAUCAUGGAGAGUGGUGUUUCUCUCACUACCUGGGCUUUCAUAUACCCAGGAAAUCGGCUGUCUCAUCGCAUGGCAAGCAGGUUGGUUGGUCAAGCUGCUCAGUGUGGCGAUUUGGAUAACUCAACCACAUUCUUUUCUUGCCUACAAAAGGUCGAUGCAAAUAAGUUGCUGAACAUUUCCCUCGACUUAGCAAACAUUUUAGAACCUCGACAGAAAGUGUUUGCUCCUAGAGUUGAAACAACUUUUGGCUUCAUGCCUGAGUUUCCAGCAACGCUUCUCUCUAGGGGACAAAUCAACCACGUAGACACUCUAAGGGGUUUCAACAGUGACGACAUGGGGAUAUACGAUCCCAGGUUUUUAAAGAAUCCACCCAUACCAGUCACAGCGGAAGUGGCAAAGCAUGUCAUUGUUCGUCAGAUGACACAAUUUACCAAAUUAGAUCAAGGAAAGCUUCUUAAAGUAUUUCAAUCAAAGUUUUUGACAAAUACCUCAAGCAGUGAUGUCCUGCAAAGAGAAGCCUUGAAUGCAAUUACUACUUAUACAUACGUGGGUCCAACAAUAAUGGAGCUGAACUAUGUCGUACGCAGUGUCACAGACAAGAAACAUUAUUUGUACCAGUUCAACCACAGACCAAGCUUCAGUAAACUACCUCAGUGGAUGUCAGCUGUGCAUGGACAGGAGAUCUUUUACCUGUUUGACGUUCAGCAGAAAAGGUUCACCGACACAGGAAAUGGUCCACCUGAUGCUGACGACAUUCUGGUAUCUCAACAGAUAAUGGAAAGGUGGACCAACUUUGCCAAGACUGGGAACCCAACGUCAACAGUGCCCACUGGUGGAGCGACGUGGAGCCAGUACAGCUCAGCAACACCUAACUAUCUUCUCAUCAAUUCUGACUCAGAGUCAAGACUUUGGGCAAAGCCCUAUGUCGUUGACUUAUCACGCAAAGUUCUGGAGACUUUUGGGGGAAUCAGCCCAGCACCCGUUGACCCCAUUAUUGGGUAGAAAGCUGAAACAACAGAAUAAUAUCAUUAUUAAGUUUAUCUGUCUUUGUAUGAAGUAAUAUAUUGUAUUAAGGUGUGUCGUGGUUUGUAUAUCCCACUCAUUGUUACCAUAUUCUGUAAACAGGCAAAGAGCUCUAAACCUCGUAUGUGUUAUGUUAUUUAAAAAGUACUAAUUUGCUUUUCCACCUUCUAAUUGCUUUGCAUUUUCUUAUGGCAUUAGUAAGCCAUUUCCGAGGCUGAUACUGCACCAUCCCUUAUAACCUCGUUUCUCUUAACGAAACACCAGACUUAAAGGUGAUUUGCUAUGGAGAGAGAAAGAGAGAGAGAGAGAGAGGGAGAGAGAGAGAGAGAGAGA